AUUUCUACCAAAAAUGAAAGAGAAAACAUCCAAAGAUAAUAACGAUGUGUUGGCAUCUGGAGAUUAUAUUCAGAAUGAAGUAACCAGUAAUGAUGACAAAAUGAACCACACACAGUGGUCCCAGUGGAGUUCAUGUAGUCAUACUUGUGGAGGUGGGAAACGCACUCGGAUAAGAUGGUGCAAGGGAAAUGUCACAUUUUGUUAUGGAGAUGUUAUGCAAUUUCAGUUUUGUAACACAGCAGUCUGUCUUGUUGCUGGUAAUUGGAGUAAUUGGACAAAUUGGACAACUUGUAGUGUUACUUGUGGGUCAGGACGACAAGUGAGGUUUCGUAAGUGUGAUAAUCCAUUCCCAAGAGCAGGAGGAGCAUGUCCUGGUAGCAGCACACAAUUCAAGAGAUGUAAUACUGAAAUAAUAUGUCCAGUUUGGGCUGAAGAGUGGACUUUAUGGUAUGGCUGGUCAGAAUGCUCAAAAACUUGUGGUGCAGGAAUACAGCAAAGAAGUCGUUCCUGUCACUCAGUAGAAAAAGUGUGUAUUGGUGCAGUUAAUGAAACACAAUUGUGUAAUGUUCUCCAAUGUCCAGUGAAUGGAAGCUGGACUGUGUGGAGUGAAUGGAGCGAAUGCACCUACACUUGUGGACUGGGAACACAUUACCGAGAUCGAAGCUGUUCUGACCCUGCUCCACAGGGCACAGGGAAUCUAUGUGAAGGCCAAGCUACAGAAGUGUCACAUUGUUUUGAAACACCCUGUUUUGAAAAGCAACAAGUUGCUGUUUUUGAAGGAAUUAGCUUUCUCUUCUAUCCUCGGGCUGCUAUUCCAACAACAGUUUUAGAGAUUUAUGCAAGAGUUAAGCCAAAAUCAACGAGUGGCACUAUAGUAUCACGUUAUACACCAUCUUGUAAUUACAUAAACUGUACCAACACUGUGGAACUAGUUCUCCUCAGAGGAACAGCUGUCUUGAAAGCUACAGUUGAAAAGGCUAGCUUAGAAGUUAAAGGAGGUACCAAUCUGCAGACAGACAUGUGGAAUACUAUUUUUGCCUGGAUUGUUGGCCAAAAAGGCUUUAUUCGAGUCAAUGACGAACCAAAUCAUCAAGAAAAAGAGUUUAAUCACAAACUUCCAGAAGAUAUUAAUUACGAUCAUGUGAUGUAUGUUGGGAUCAAUCAUAAGAAUUCAUUAGGUCCAGAGGCAGUUCAUUCAGGUUUUAAGGAUGACUACUAUGUGUUAGUGCCAUGUAAAACAGGAGCUGGUGGAUUGAUUAUUACUUUGAACAUUUGGCCUGUUGGUUUGAAUGGCCUAGUUAUUUUUCAUCAAGGUGUGGAUCUUGGUUCCUAUAUGUUUUUAACAUUUGAAGAACAGAAACUCAAGUUUUGUGUACGGACAGAUGGUGACCAGAUAUGUGUUCUUGGAUCAGAAGCACUUGAGGUAAAAAAAUGGUAUAGAAUAGAGGUCUCAGCUGUAGAAACUGUUCUUAGUAUACGAGUCAAUCAUGAUGGUCAUGAAUGGAAAUCUUUUCCUAAUGUUCAGUUCCAGUGCCUAGGUCAUUUGUAUCUUGGAGGAGCUGAUAAAAACACCAAACAAAAGUUUGAAAUUCUUUCCAAAGUAAAUGGAAAGUUCGAAGGCUCUGUGUCAUCAGUGGAAAUCAAUGGUCAGAUACAUUGGGUUCAUGAACUUCCACUUAUGGAAACCAAAAACAUGAUUGGUUCUGAAACAGCUUCUAUUGCUGCUCACUAUAAUGAAUAUCAUGUUCACAAAUCUACACAACUUGAACUAAAGUGUAAUUACUCAUCUCUACUGGGGUCCUGGAACAAGAAGUCAGUUAGCAUCCAGUGGCUAAAUGUUGAUACCAGAAUAGAUAUUAAUGAUCCUUAUCGACACGUGGCACAAAGUGAAACCCAGCUAGGUACCUCUUUGAUCAAGCUUACAUCAUAUGAAGAAGCUAUAAGUGGAAAAAAAGCAGAACCAAAACAUUUAGGAAGUCUGUAUGCUUGUUUAGCAAGUUAUGAAGAUAAUGCAUUCAUUAUCCAUGCCUUUGGUGUCAGCUAUCAUAAUAUAAAGUUUGGAACUGACUGUAGCACAUACUGGUGGCUGUAUGCUCUUCUAAUUCUGUUGCUUUUAGCUGUGAUUAUUAAAAUAUGUUUAACGUUUUGGAGUUCAAGGUAUGAAGUUUAUUAAAAUCAUGGAGCAUAAGAAUGUAUGUUGAGAGAUGUAAAAGAAUGGAUGUACACUCUUGACGGUUAUAGAUUUAACAAAUAAUGGC